AUGGCCGCUUUCUUCCCCCGCAACUUCUACAACUCUGACGCCUCCUUCACUCCUCUCUUCCGUCUUCUGGAGGACUUCGACAACUAUUCCCGCCAGGGCGGUCAGAACGGCACCACCCGCGGCACCCACCGCAACCACGUCCCGACCUUCCAGCCCAAGUUCGAUGUCCGCGAGGUCGAGGAUGCCUAUGAGCUUCACGGCGAGCUCCCCGGCUUGAAGAAGGAGGACGUCUCCAUCGAAUUCACCGACCCCCACACCCUCCAUAUUCGGGGCCGCGUCGAGCGCUCCUACACCGCGGGUACUCCCCCCGCUGGUCUCCUCCAGCAGAGCAAUGAGAUGAGCGGUGCCAUCACCGACGGCCAGGAACGCCCCCGCUCCGCGCACCAGGCCACUGUUGAGGACGAUGACAACGAAACCAACUCCACCGCCCAGCCCACACCGGCCACUACUGUCGCCGAGGUGGACAAGAGCGGCAAGCAGCAGCAGAAGCAAGAAGGCCCGGUCGACAACGCCAAGUACUGGGUCUCGGAGCGCAGCAUCGGCGAGUUCAGCAGGGUCUUCAACUUCCCUGGCCAGGUCUCGACCGACAACGUCUCUGCCAAGUUCACGGACGGAAUCCUCACGAUCCGUGUGCCCAAGGCUCCCAAGCAUGAGACCCGCCGCAUCCAGAUUGCUUAA